GUCACAAACAUCUAUUUUGCCCUACUAUUCAUUCUCAUCCUUAAACUGAUUCUGAAGUUGAAGGUCAAGAGAAAAUGUCCUAUUACCAGAAUGACUAUAAAAAGAAUGAUGAAGUGGAGUUUGUCCGAACUGGCUAUGGAAAGGAUAUGGUAAAAGUUCUCCAUAUUAGGCGAGAUGGAAAAUAUCACACCAUCAAGCAGGUUACAACAUCAGUGCAGCUUACUCUGAGCUCCAAAAAAGAUUACCUGCAUGGAGAUAACUCAGAUAUCAUCCCUACAGACACCAUCAAGAACACAGUUCAUGUCUUGGCAAAGUUAAAAGGGAUCAAAAGCAUAGAAGUCUUUGCUCUGAAUAUUUGUGAGCAUUUCCUUUCUUCUUUUAGCCACGUCACCCGAGCUCACGUUUGUGUGGAAGAAGUUCCUUGGAAGCGUUUUGAAAAGAAUGGAGUAAAGCAUGUCCAUGCAUUUAUUCACACUCCCACUGGAACGCACUUCUGUGAGGUUGAACAGAUGAGGAGUGGCUCUCCAGUCAUUCAUUCUGGAAUUAAAGACCUCAAGGUCUUGAAAACAACCCAGUCUGGAUUUGAAGGAUUUAUUAAGGACCAGUUCACCACCCUCCCUGAGGUGAAGGAUCGGUGUUUUGCCACCCAGGUGUACUGCAAAUGGCGUUACAGGAACAAAGACGUGGACUUUGAGACCGCCUGGGCCACUGUUCGAGACCUGAUACUGAUGAAAUUUGCUGGCCCUUAUGAUAAAGGAGAGUACUCGCCCUCUGUCCAGAAGACCCUCUAUGAUAUCCAGGUGCUCUGCCUGAGCCAGAUUCCUGAGAUAGAAGAUAUGGAAAUCAGCCUUCCCAACAUUCAUUACUUCAACAUAGACAUGACCAAGAUGGGACUGAUCAACAAGGAGGAGGUCUUGCUACCAUUAGACAAUCCAUUUGGUAAAAUUACUGGCACAGUCAAGAGGAAGCUGGCUUCAAGGCUGUGACAUCGUUGACACCAGUAGAAGUUUAAGGGAUUCUUUAUGCUACUUGUGAAGCUAGAAAUCAGAGUCAGCAAUUUUUCAACUGAGUAUGUUGAUUUAUAGUGUCCAUUUUCCUCCGACAUAAAAGAAUUUCUUCUACGCCUAACCGAGCAAGAUCUUUUGUGAUUACUAAUCAUUACAGCAUGUUUUGUGAAUUCAGUUUACUUCACAAAUGCUGAGAAAUAGCAGAACAAUUAUAAAUCAAUAUUUUGUUGUCAUUGUGUGGUGCCUAUGUAUCCAAGGAAAGUUUUAGAAUCAGUUCCCUAAGAAAAUAACCAUGAAUUAAUGAAGACAUUUUAUCUACUGUAGUGUGCACAAGUUUAAGAAGCUAAUAUUGUUUUCAUUCUACUGUUGUCUACAGAGAAAAUUCAACUUCUGGUAAUUCAUAAAAUACAUAAACAAAAUUGCACCUUGGAAAAUAUUACCAUUAUGGGCUCAGUCAGAUAAAAUGUUUAAAUUUUGUUUGUUGUUGGGUCACAGCUGGUGGUGCUCAGGUCUUAUUCCUGGCUCUGCACUUAGGGAUCAUUUCUGGUGGUGCUUGGGGGAUCAAAUGGGACUCCAGAAAUUGAAAACGGGUUGGCUGAGUGUUAGGUUAGUGCCCUAUCUGCUGUACUAUCUCUCGGACCCCCAGAAUAUUUUUGAAUCUUUAAGAAUGCUGUAAUUUAUGCAUUUUUGGGGUGAUCAUUCUACUCUAAUACUACUUUUGUAAUCUUAAAGUAUUGAUUUUGUGAUUUCUACAGCACUUAAAGAAUAACACACAUUGUGGCUAAGAAAUAAAAAGUUGUUUUGUUUGAAUAAGCAUCACUUUAGUAUAAACAGUCACAUUUAAUAACUACUAUGCCAAUAUAUAUAGAAAGAAGAUCAUAGAAUAAAUGUAUGAAAAUAACAAUGAGAAUUUCUGGAUGGUGGGAUAGAGUUAUCUUAUCCUUUACCAUGCAAUUUUCUGAAUCUUCAAAAUAUGAUAAUUCAUUACUUUUAUAAUCAUAAAUAAAUAUAUAAAUGAGGAUUUAAAUUAUGUGUACAGACUUGAAUGUUGAUUAUAGUUACACCAACUAACUACUACUAUAACUUUAUUUUCUUACUACUUUUCUUUUUUAUUUGGAGGGGGGCAUACCUGGCAGUGCUUAAGACUUACUGCUGGCUAUGUUCAGGGAUAACUACUGGCAGGGUUCAGGGGAAUCACAUGGGGUCCUAGGGAUUGAACUCAGUACUGGCUUCUGAAAGGAAAGGACCUUAGGCACUCUAUUAUUUACUAUAAUUUUAGAAAACCAUAAUGAACCAUAACUACAUGACAAUGUUACUUUCUUGUGUUAAACUCUCCAUUUAUUAAAAAAUAUUAUGUAGCACUGUAGCACUGUCCUCCCAUUGUUCAUCGAUUUGCUCGAGCAGGCACAGUAAAGUCUUCAUUGUGAGACUUGUUGUUAUUGAGUUUGGCAUAUCGAAUAUGUCACGGGUAGCUUGCCAGGCUUUGCCAUGCAGGCAAGCUACACUCGGUAGCUGGCUGGGCUCACUGAGAGGGCGGUUAUCACGUCUGCUUUACACACAGAAGGUCCUGGGUUCGAGCCCCAGUGGAACCACACAAAAAAUUGUUUUGCAUUAAUAAAAAUAAUAAAAAAUGCUUAUGUGUGAGCACUUAGUAUUAUUGAUAGUUUCCCCAUUACCUUUGUAAUACUGAAAGCAGCACACUGUAGUUUUAAUUACUCAAACUAACUUAAAUUCUACCUUAAUUUCUUACCACUAAUAUGACAAGAUUCUCACAUAUAAGUGGAAGUAAAGCUAGAAUCUGCAUCAUAGAUAGAUUUUGAGGAUUAAAGGCAUUAAGGUUUAUAAAGUUCUAUAGGUAAUGCAUAUGCUUCACACAUGGAAAUGCCUCUAUAUAUUCUUCUAUAUAUUAUUUUAUGUGUGUAUGUACAGGAACACCUGGAAAAGUGCAUAGCUUACUCCUGGCUCUCUACUCAGGGAUCUCCUAGAGAUGAUGGGGGACCAUAGAGCAGUACCAAGGAUCAAACUGGGGCCAAACUGGGGUUGUCCAUGCACAGUACAAGCACCUUACUCAUUGUACUUUCUCUCUGGUCGCAAUGCCUGUAUAUGAAAUAUUCAUAUAAAUGUCUGUACAUAAUGUCUGUAUAUGGGUAAAAUAUCCUAUUUUCUACUGCUGUUAUAUUUAAGUAGAAAGUCAUCACUGGACUUUGUGGAUACGGUGAGAGUUGGGACGUCUGCAAAUUUUGAUGCUGGAGGCCAUUCACAAGCUAGUAGCUGCCUGGAAAGAAUGAAAGAUAAGAAGGAUAAAAUAAUUUUAAAAGGAAAGUUGUGUGCUAAAUUGAAUAUUUAUGUUACAAAAUAUGUUUUACAUCAUUUACCUUGCAUGGUCAAAUGGCUAGUACAUUUUAUUCCUUUCCCCUUUCGAUAAUUCUAUUCAAAGGGCCAUUGAGUUUGAUGCAGGAAUGGUGACAGCAUGUUUGUUUUUGUCCACAGUUCCCAGUUCAGACUCAUAGUUGUUGUAAAUAUGGAAUAGUUUAUGUUUGGGGACCACACCCAGAGGUGCUCAGGUUCAGAAGUGUCUAAUUUAGGUUGGCUGCACGCAAGGUAAGUGCCCUAUCCACUGCACUAUCACUCCAGUCCCUGGAAAAAGUUAUUGAAGUAGAAGAGAAAGAAACUACCCAGCCAGGGGGGAACUUUGUUAGGACUAAGCUCUGUGUGUGUGUGUGUGUUUUAAUGUGAAAACUGGGUCUUUAUAUUACUUAUGUUACAUUAUGUUACUAUCAAGAAUGACAGAGAAUAUGUGGAUUUUACUGCCAAGUUUACUGCUGGGUUAGGGCCUUUUAAGCAUUAUUGCCCAGUUGCCCAUUAUCUCUUAGUUGGUAAGCCUAAGUUUUAAGGCAGAAUUUAUGGUCUUGGGAAGGGGUCUAGGGAUUUAAAGGAAUAUUAAGAAAUGUGCAAUAGAGACAGCUAAAAUGGAGCCAUAGGGAGCAGCUGGCAAGGGAAAACUGAGGCUUCCUCUUUCAGGUAUAAAAUAAAUUCUUCUAAAAACAUCAAAAUAGAACAAAAGCCUUAGUUAGUGGGCCAGAGUGAUAGUCCAGAAGCAUGUGCCUUACACUCAUAAGGACAUGCAAGUUUGAUACCUGGCACCAUAUUGCUCCCUAGAACCGCAGGGUGUGGUACUAGAGGCCCUGAGUAGCACUGGCCCCAGGAGAAAUGCAUCACCCCAGUGAACCUCCUAUUGACUGGAUUUCUCCAGGAAUGACCCCUGAACAAUCAAUUGGGAGGCUGCCCUCCAUAAACUUUAGAAACACAGUAAAUUACUUCAGAGGAAGAAAUCCAUGUCAGAGCAGAAUUCUUAGCAAAAUAUGGCUCAUUUUACACAAAUAUGUAUUUUGCUUUUCCUGAGCUUAUAAAAAACUUCCAUUGUUAAGGUUCCCAGUGAGCUAUUGUCUUUUCUAUUCCAGGUGUAAGGCAGGAGAGUCUGUAGUCUGUGAACAUUUCAAGGACCAGUUUCCUGUUUGUGAAGGAGUUUUUCUCUUGCUUAAAAUAAUAAAAUAAGUGCUGAAAACCAGA